UAAUAUAAAUUCAUCAUUUCAGUUAGUGAAACUCAUUACCACUUCGAUCAACUCUAUUACCCUUUGAAAUUUCAGCCAAAACUCAUGGCGCUAUUCACUACCUCAAAAUCCUCUCCAUUGUUCAUUCUUCUAAUGCUUCUGCUAGGUAAUAUAGCUUCGGGGACUGUGUUUACCAUAGAAAACCGUUGCAGCAACACUAUCUGGCCGGGAACACUUUCUGGAAACAGCGCUGCACUUCUUGGAGACGGGGGAUUUUCACUUUCGCCGGGAUCGUCUCUUCAGUUCACUGCUCCGUCGGGUUGGUCAGGCCGAUUCUGGGGAAGAACCGGCUGCAACUUCGAUGGUGCGGGUAACGGGAAUUGCAUCACCGGAGACUGCGCCGGAGGGUUAAAGUGUAAUGGUGGAGGUGCUCCUCCGGUGACUCUGGCGGAGUUUACUAUCGGAAACGGGAAUGGAGAUAAGGAUUUCUACGACGUGAGUCUGGUGGACGGUUACAAUAUCGGGAUUGGGAUACAUGCAACAGGAGGAACAGGUGACUGUCAGUAUGCGGGUUGUGUUGCGGAUUUGAACGGUCACUGCCCGGCGGAGUUGCAGGUAACCGAGGAAGGAGGUUCUGUGGUGGCGUGUAAGAGCGCGUGUACGGCGUUUAAUACGGAGGAGUUUUGUUGCACCGGCGAGCAUUCGAGUCCGCAGAGCUGUACUCCGACGCAAUACUCUGAGAUGUUUAAGAAUGCAUGUCCCUCUGCGUACAGUUAUGCUUACGAUGAUGCUUCAAGCACUUGUACAUGUUCUGGAUCAGAUUAUCAUAUCACGUUCUGUCCAACUGCUUCAUCUUAGUGACCUAGUAACACCAUGUUCUACAACCUUUUUGUUUACUGUUUUUUGAAUGAUAGGUUUAUGUUUUGGUUUCUUAUUUGUGAUGAUCUAUCUAUGUAUUGUCAUUUAUUAUAUGGUUGGUGAUUCUUAAUAAAGGUUU